UCUCCUAAAAUAUGCGUUUGCCCAUGCGCAACCGUUAUUAUCUUACAAUUCAUGUUCAGCUGCAGAAGAUUACAAUUCUUGCAGAAAUGGAGAUUUCAAAGAACGCUUUUUAUAAUAAACUAAAGGAAGUUUUGCCUGAGUGGACUGUGAAGCAUACGCCAGAAAGUUUGAGUAAAAUUUACGACGACCCUGCACUGCAACCUUUCUUAAAGUGGUUCUGUGAAAAUGUGAGCCGGGAAAAUAUUCUAACUCCCGAAGAAAUUCGAAUACAGAAAUAUUUGCAAAGUACUAAUCAAUGGCUACAAGGUGAAGAAUUGGAUCGCGCCCUUGAAGAAGCAACAAGUGAUUGUCCUGAAUUGAUGCAACUUGUUUCUAAUAAUCCUCCUGAUCCUGAGAAAGUGCAGAAGGAUUUGGAGAUGGAAAAGGAACUAUACGAAGAAAGCUUGGAGUAUAUUCAAACUUUGAAAGAUGGCAUAAGGGACCUAAAAGAACGUGAAAGUAAGUUGGAAGCAGAGAUAGAAGAAGAACAGCUUGUUGCAAAGAAAGAAGAAAUUGCAGUGAACAAACUACACAUUGAUUGUAUAAACCUCACAGAAGAGUUAGACACACUGUACAAGCAGUUUUCUAAUCAGGUUGAAGAACUUGCUGAGGUGUAUGCCAAUGCAGCAGAAGAUAAAGGACCUACUAUUCUGUGGAAACAAAUGCCUAUUAACAUUUUUAUCAAACGAAUGGAAAUGUACAGUAACUACUUACAUGCCUAUGUAAAGAGUGAAUUUGGCAGUACUGAUAAAGAUGAACAAAUCAGUGAUUCAGAUUACGCAACUUUCUCCGAAGGUUUAAAAGAAGUUCAGGUUGAUGACAUGCUUCAGGAGUUUGCAACUAGCACAAAAGAGUUAGCUACUGCAAAAACAGAUGAAAUUUUGGCCAAAAUAGAAGAUGCUGCUUGCACUUCUAUGGAGCAAACUAUAAUAGACAUAUACAACAAUGGCGAUUUGAAGAUUCCUCAGUCUUUGGCACAACUGCAAACUGAGAUAACGGAAUUAAGAUCAAAAAGAGAUUUACUAGAGGAAAACUUUGAACUUAUACUAACAAAUGAGUUGGAACCAUUAAUAGAGCAAUAUGUACAAGCAGAGGUGACUGAAGUAUUAAUCUCAUAUGCACGUGCUAUACUCGAGAGACGAAAAGACAGAUGUCAAAAACUAGACGAAAUUUUGACUCUUGCGCGUGACCAAGGCCACGCAUAUUCAGACCUAUUAUGCAUACUAAUGUACAAGCAACUUCAACACGAGCAAGAAGUUGUACACUUCAUAUCAAAUGCUCGCUAUUUCCUGGAAACUGAAUACACUCUAUCUGAGAUGAGAUGUAAAAGCAUGAAAAAACAGCAAGAGGAAUACCAACGAAUAAUUAAUGGCCCCCCUAAAGAUAGCCACUGGUCCAAUAAAAUAUUUUUGUCAAUGAUGCAAGAUAAGGAGAACCAUGAAAGUGAUGAAAAUAUUGUAAAAGUAUCACUAAAACGUUUGAACGAUUUAGUGGAAGAAAAUACUGCAAUAAUUGAUAAUAUCAUGGGACCUGAAAUAGAUGCUCGAAUGGAUCGUCUGCAACCAUUAGAAGAAAAAGUAAUGGCAUUGUAUGACACUGAGAUAAAUGAUGGGAAAACCGUGAGUUUCAAGCCAAUGUCCUCUGAACUUAAACGAGAACUUGAAACAGUUACAAAUACUGUUCAAGAGAUGAAAGAGAAAGUGACAAGUAUUCGAAACGAGUUGAAACACACCAUAAGAAAUCGCAUUACGCCUGGAUUGGAGAGAGAGAAGAAGAUAUUAUGGCAGCGAUUCUUAGCAGAUCCUGAAGGUUUACAGCGAAAUUAUGAUGAGGCAGUAGCUAAACUGGAUAAAUCUAAUUUUGUCAGCAGUUUAUAAAAAUGUACUACACCCACAUUUCUCAUUAAUAUUUUUAUACUUUUUUUUUCUGUUCUUUUUCCAAAGCAUAAUCUUUGUAAACUGUCCUUGACCUUGUGUGUAAAAACUUGUCGCUUUCAAAAUAUCAGAAAAGUCAUGACCCUUUGAAUUUCAAUAAUAAUUUACAUAUUUAUACCAAGCCAGUCGGCUAAAAAUGGCAAAUAUUGAUGGCGGCAAACAAUCUAUAUAACCAUAAUAAACAUGCACAAUUGCAUAUUUACAUUGUA